UUGAAGAACUCAUUCUGAAAAAUGUCUUUGUUAGGAAUAGCUGCAGCAACAACAACAACUCCUAAUGUCUGCUCGGCCCAGUGUUCGGUUACAAGUUUGGGUGCCAUGCAGUUUUUUGUGAGCCUCUUGGUGGAAAGUUUAUUCAAGGAUCAGUGUGCCAUCUCCACAAAGGAUAACUGGCCGCAGGACUAUGCCGAAGAAGUGACAAAUUCCGAUAUGGGCACCUUUGAUUUUGUAAUAAUUGGUGGCGGCUCAGCUGGAUCGGUCGUGGCAGGACGUUUAAGUGAAAAUCCUUUGUGGAGGACAUUGGUAUUGGAGGCUGGCACAGAUCCGCCACUGGAAUCGGAGGUACCCUUCCUUUUCACCUCCGUCCAAUCUUCAAAUUACACCUAUAGCUAUCGCGGUAUUACCAAUGGCGUAUCCUGUAAAUCUGCUGCCGGGGGAAAUUGUGGCUGGCUAAGUGGAAAAUGUUUGGGUGGCUCGGGGGCCAUUAAUGCCAUGCUUUAUUUUCGUGGCACCCGUGGAGAUUAUGAUGGCUGGUGCGGCGCCGGAUGUGAGGGCUGGUGUUAUGAGGAUGUGUGGCCUUAUUUUCGAAAAUCUUUUGAAAAUCGCGGCAAUGAAACCCAUCCCAGUGGGUAUAUGAAGUUGGGAGAAUAUGGCAACUAUGGCGAGGAUAUAAAAUCCUUGUUUUUCUCUGGAGCCAAGGAAUUGGGGUUAAGGAAAAUCAGAGAUUUUGUGGAGGGUAGUUAUGUGGGCUAUGGCAAUUUUCGUGGCAUUUUAGAGGAGGGGCGUCGCAUAUCCAGUGCCAAGGGAUUUUUGGGUAGGGUUGCCAAGUAUAGAGAAAAUCUCAAGGUAAUGAAAAAUGCCAGAGUUACGCAAUUGUUGUUUAACAAAAAGGCAGAUCGGGUGACUGAAAUCGAAUUUCUUCUGCAAAAUCGUAAAACCUUAAAGGUCAAGGUGCAAAAAGAGGUCAUUUUGUCAGCUGGAACAGUGGAGUCCCCGAAACUGCUUAUGCUCUCCGGUGUGGGACCGAAAGAUGUGUUAAAACCCCUAAACAUCCCUGUAAGACACAACCUGCCCAUUGGGGAAAAUCUCCAGGAUCAUGUUGCCGUACCCAUAUUUUUUGCCAUACCAAAUGAAAAUCCCUCCACCUCCCCUGAUUUGGAUGAGAUUUAUGCUUAUUUGAAAUACCAAAAAGGAUUUCUAGCCUCAAUUGGCACGGGAUCUCUGAAUGGCUUUAUUAAAACAAAUUCCAACCCAAAGGACCCCUAUCCUGACAUACAACUCCAACACUUUACGGUGCGGCGUGGUGCCCCCUUGGGCAUGGGCUUCCUCCAAGGUUUUAUGGCCAAUGAGAAGCUAACAAAGUACUUCGAAAAUCUGGUGCAGCAGGCCGAUGUGGUGGUGGUAUUUAUUCUACUACUCCAACCCAAAUCUCGUGGGAAAAUACAACUGAAAUCUUCGCAACCUGAGGAUCCAUUGCUAAUCUAUCCCAACUAUUUACAGCGGCGGGAAGAUGUUGAUGGCCUAAUGGCGGGAAUCGAAUAUCUUCAACGUCUGGCCAAAACUUCAAUUUUUAAAUCAAAGAAAGCCAAAUUGAUGCGUAUACCCAUAGAGGAAUGCUUGGGGGAUGCGGAAAAUUUUUGGCCAUGUUAUAUCUCCUAUUAUUCCUCGACGAGCAGCCAUUUGGUGGGCACCAUUAAAAUGGGUGCCGACAGCGAUACAACAGCCUGUGUGGGACCCCGGCUGAAAGUGAAAGGGGUGCGCAACCUGAGAGUUGCCGAUGCUUCCAUAAUGCCGACAAUAACUAGCUGUAAUACUUAUGGUCCCACUCUCAUGAUUGGGGAGAGAGCGGCGGAAUUUAUUCAACGCGAGUGGAGAGGGAAGUGAGAGAGUUAUUUUUGUUUGAAAUUUGACUUACCUUAUUCCGACGUAAAUUAGGAUUGAAAUUCAAUCCAAUUCGGAAAACAGUGCGGAAUAAAAAUUACCUGAAAAGAGAAAGAGGAAGAAAAUAAAAUUAAAAAUUUCUCAUUUAUUUAAACCUA